UGACACGCUUGAUGAAGGUUAAAAUGUGAGUGAAGAAACAACAGCAUUUUUCCAGGGGGACCGUCCAAUCUAAACCGCAAAAUAACGAAAUUACGUGUACAUAAUAAUAAACAUAAGUGCAAGAGAAAUACGUAUUUCAGUCUUAAUUUCAUGAAACAUGAAACCGGACGUGAUAAGCAUAAUAACAUUUGUUGCAAUAGGUGGGCUUAGAUCACAAGGUGUGACUGACACCUCAGUCCCUAAUUUGGGUCCGUGUCCCCCAUUACCAAAUUUCCCCCCCCAAUUCCACAUAUACCGUGGUACCCUUCAAAACCUACGCAUCCGACGUGGUCAUCCCAUUCUCCUAUUUUUCAUCCCCACGGGAUGCCUCAGAAGUUUUAAGUUAGGUCAACUGGGCGAAGAAUGCGGGUUACCGAGUCCGUGGCGUGGGCCGGAUGCACAGUUGGAGUCCCAUCACCCUUUCGCACUACGAGGAAGCCACCCUUUGCCCCAAAUUUCUCUUAAUCGACACCACAAAAUAUUUGACCGACAUAAAAGUCACGACUGAUUUUAACACGUCCCUGCCACUCUCGGCCCAGGGGUUACGUUGGGACACCUCUUGAAAACCUUGGAGUCUCAUCACCUCGGAAUUUUCUCCUACCCCUCGCAAGAUGACCUUUCCGUCGGUGGGAUGCUGGCAGUUGGGGCGCACGGAUCCGGCAUCAAGACGAUUGACGCCACCCACCCCAAAAUCUUGGGCCAUGCAUACGGAACAUUUAGCAACCUCGUCCUCGAAAUGGACGUCAUCGCGUGGGACAACCAUACUCAAAAAUACGUCGUCAAAACCCUGCCAAGAUCGCAUCCCGACACGAAAGCGUUUCUCGUCAAUUUGGGGAGAACGUUUGUAACCAGGGUGAAAAUACGAGUUGGUGCCGAUCAAAUGUUAAAAUCGCAAACUUUUUUCGUAAAUGUGCGCCAAUUAUUUGGCACGGUGAGAGAUUAUGAUAAGCCAAACUUAUCAGACUUUUUGGAUUCGUAUGGACGAAUACAAGCCUACAGCAUGGGAACGGGGGGAGAUUCAAGCGUAUUUCUUUUUACUUGGCACCCCGUCCCAGAAAAGCCGACCGGGUCAAAGUUCACAGAUACACCGUACAAUUACCAUUUCGAAAAUUAUCCCCCAAUUUUAAACACCCUUUUGAAGUGGGUGCUCGCAUGGAUUCCGCAGAUUUGGUGGUUUCUUUCACGUCUGUCAUUUAAUUUCAUGGUUUUUGUCUCGUACCUCACGGGGUCGCAGGAUUACUGGGGGUUAUCAAAAAACCAUUUUUUAUACACUCCUAAGAGUACGCCAAUCUUCCGGGUAAAUUCCUUCGUGGUGGUCACAUCCCGCCAAAAUUUUCAAACCGUUGUCUCAAUUAUACGGCAAGAUUUUGACGAUUUGGCCUCGGGGGGGAAUAUCCGAACGCGGGUGUGUUCGAUAUACGCGUCUCGGGAGUGGAGGAUCCCGAAAAUAUUUUGGCAGAGGGGGCGGACGCAGAACCACCCAUUUUUUCACCGGCUAAGCCAGUGCCAAGUCGGCCCGAGUAUGAUAUCGUGAUUUGGUUCGAAUUUGCCACAUUUCCCGAGACGAGAAAAGCUCAGGAAUUUCUGGCGGGUUUGCAAUCACUUUUGUUUCGGGAUAUUCACCAGGUUUAUGGCGUAUUAAGGAUGGAG